UGUGAUGACGUCACAGUCAGCUGACUGAGGGCGGAACUGAACACGACCAGGAAGCCAUUGAAGGAGACAAACUGCACUGUUUGUCCGCUCGCUGGCGAAUAAACACCACUUUUAUAUAGUUUGUCUGUUACAGCCUUUGUGUUCCACAAGUGUGUAGAUAUUUAACACCAUGGCGUCCCUUUUUAAGAAGAAGACUGUCGACGAUGUCAUCAAGGAACAGUCGAGGGAGUUGCGUGGCACCCAGAGGCACAUCACAAGAGACCGGGUGGCACUGGAGAGGCAAGAGAAGCAAAUGGAAGCGGAGAUCAAGAAAAUGGCUAAGAGCGGUAACCGUGAGGCAUGUAAGAUCCUCGCCAAGCAGCUGGUCCAGCUGAGGAAGCAGAAGAACCGCACAUACGCCGUGAGCUCCAAAGUCACCUCCAUGUCUACUCAGACCAAAGUCAUGAACUCCCAGAUGAAGAUGGCCGGGGCCAUGUCCACCUCAGCAAAGACAAUGCAAGCGGUGAACAAAAAGAUGGAUCCUCAGAAGACCCUGAAGACUAUGCAAGACUUCCAGAAGGAAAACAUGAAGAUGGGCAUGACAGAAGAAAUGAUAAAUGACACUUUAGAUGAGCUCUUUGAUGAGUCCGGUGAUGAAGAGGAAUCUGAGGAUAUUGUCAACCAAGUUCUGGAUGAGAUUGGUAUCGAGAUCUCAGGAAAGAUGGUCCGAGCGGCCGCUGCAGGAAAGAACGUCCCGGGCGCCGCAUCGUCCAAAAAGGCGACAAUCUCAGACGACGAGAUCGAAAGACAGCUCCGUGCUCUGGGAGUGGACUAACAUCUUUGGACUGCAACGUCUCUUCUCUUUCAGGCGGAAACUCUUCAACACACUGGUUUUACACACACACACACACACACACACACACACACACACACACACUUGUAUUUCGUACCUUCUUGAGACCUCUGAAAAAUGCCUCCCUCUUGAGGACCACCCUUUCUAAAGAUUUGAAUUUACAACAUUAAUAAUAUAUACAUACUAUGCAAAUAUAAUAAAGGAUGUUGUGAAAAAUGUGUUGGAAUUUCACGAGAAAAAGGUCACAAUUUCACAAGAAAAACUUAGAAUUGUGGCAGUAUUAUAAUAAAAGUCAUAAUUUUACUCAACGCAAGUCAAAAAUUUACAAGAAAAACUGAACAUUUGUGCAAUAUUGUGAUAAAGGUAGGAAUUUUACUCAAUAACAGUCGCAAUCUUACAAGAAAAGCUUAAAAUGUUGGCAAUUUUCUGAAAAGAGUCGUAAUUUCACUCGACAAAAGUCACAAUUUUAUAAGAAAACUUUCAAAUUUUGGCAAUAUUAUAAUAAUCCGAAUUUCACUUGGUUUUACUCCAAAAAUGUCACUAUUACAAGAACAACAAAAAAAUUGUGAUAAAAGUCAUAAUCUUGUAUGUCAAAUGUCAUCACUUUGUAUUAAAAGGUAAUAAUUUUACAUAAAAAAGUAAUCAUUUUACGAGAAAAUAUUGCAAUAUUACAGAAACGGAAAGAAUAUGAGAAAUUGUUCCCAAUUUUAUAAGAAAAAAGUCGACGCAUUGUGAGAAAGAGUCGUAAUUUUACUGGACAAAAGUCACAAUUCUAUACGAAAACUUAAAAAUUUUGGCAGUGUUGUAAUAAUCAUCCGAAUUUUACUUGGCAAAAUGAUGACAAAAGUCAAAAGUUUACAAGAACAACAAAACAAUUGUGAUAAAAGUCAGAAUCUUAUACGACAAAUGUCAGCAUUUUGCAUUAAAAAGUAAUAAUGUUACAUAAAACAGUAAUAAUUUUACGAGAAAACAUUUCAAUAUUACAGAAGCAGAAAGAAUAUGAUAAAUUGUUCCCAAUUUUAUAAGAAAAAAGUUGUAAUUUUACUCUACAAAAGUCACAAUUUUAUAAGAAAAAUUAAAAAUGUUGGCAAUAUUAUAAUAAUAAUCCCAAUUUUCCUUGGCAAAAUGAUUACAAAAGUCAUCAUUUUACUCAAAAAUGUCUCUAUUUUACAAGAACAACAAAAAAAUUGUGAUAGAAGUCAGAAUCUUAUGUGACAAAUGUCACCAUUUUGCAUUAAAAAGUAAUAAUUUUACAUGUCUCUAUAUACAUAUAUAUAUUUUUUGUAAUUAAUUUUGGCCAGAGGGGGUGCAUUUCAAUUUCUUACACCCACAUGUUAUUACACAUGUUUACCAGAGUGGGAGCACUUCAAAUUUUAACACACACUUGUUAUUUCAUAUGUUGCCCAGAAGGGGGAGCAUUUGAAAAAUCCCUCCUUUUUGGCACCACCCUUAUUUUGAUAGAUGUCACCAGCAGGGGUGCAAAUGAGACAUUCUCUAUUAGAUGCAAUGUUAUUGGUCAUCACUUGUUCACACCUCCUCAUAUGGAAGGCACUUUUCCUUGUCGAUGUCUCUAGAAGGGUAGAACUACAAGAACACACACACACACUAUAUAGGAAUAGCAUCACCUUGCUAGUUGCUCCAGGUACGUUGCAAUAUUUAUUAUGAGGCCAUAGUGUGGAAGUAUGCUUGACCCUGAAGAGCAGUAAAAAAAAACUGGUGAUCUAUUGCUUUCCAUGCAGCUCAUUCUCUCAGAAGAGUUUUAGUGCAUAUGCAAGACUUUCUGCCUGCUGGUUGACUCCAACUGAAGUCAAACAGGAUGCUUGAAAGUCUCUUUCCCUAACUUGUCUUGGGAACAGGGCAUGGCAGCACCUGUUCCUGCAUGAAAUGCAUCAAAUAGUGCAAGUGGGCAAUGAUGGGUCAUGAAAGUGGUGCUCAUGAGGACAAAUCACUGGCCUUUAUUCUCACUUCUUCUUGGAGGGCUUCUCUUUGCUACCUGAUGAUCUUGUAUAACCACGGGAGUUGUUUCAGCGAUUGCAGGAUGGUCCUGUAGUCCCUCUUGUCUUUCAGCUGCUGUGCAGUUAUGGUUACUUCCUUUCAGCUGCCGCGCGCGUCUUCUCUACUGACAUUUUUGCUAAAGCGUCACUGUGAUGCGGGAGCUUUUCUUCUGGACAUGGACUUGGACAUCUUUUGUCUUUUCUCUUCAGGCCAUUACCGCAUGUAGACUCCUUCAGAAUAGUUCAACCAUGUGUUCCUUGGCUACUGAGCAAAUACAUGGAGACACAAUGGAUUUGACAAUAUGAUUGCUAGGACACUUAUUUCAUCAAUGUUUUUGUGUGUUGAGUCUUGAAUAACCAGACUGUACAUGGGAUUUUAUAAUUAAUAAAACUUCUUCAGAUACAACCAUUGA